AGGUUGGAGUGCAGUGGCGCCAUAACGGCUCACAAUAACCUCUGCCUCCUGGGUUCAAGAUAUUCUGCUGCUGGGGAGUGAGGCGCAGCGGCAGCGAGGGCAAGUGCCGGAGGCCAGCAGAGCCGAGCCGGAGCUGUCCCACUGCCCGGCCGCCCGGCCAGGGCACCACGCAUGGAGCGUGAGCGGGGGCAGUAGCCGGGCUGAGCCGCGCAGCAGGUACCUGGAUGCGGCCGCGAUCUCGGGCCCCUGCCCCCGCCCCGCUGAGCUGGAGCUGCUCCCGGACAAGAUAUGAGAAAUGAGUGUUGGACGUGGAAGAAUAAAGUUGUUGGGUAUCCUGAUAAUGGCAAAUGUCUUCAUUUAUUUGAUUGUGGAAGUCUCCAAAAGCAGUAGCCAAGAAAAAAAUGGAAAAGGAGAAGUAAUAAUACCCAAAGAGAAGUUCUGGAAGAUAUCUACCCCUCCGGAGGCAUACUGGAACCAAGAGCAAGAGAAACUGAACCGGCAGUACAACCCCAUCCUGAGCAUGCUGGCCAACCAGAAGGAGGAGGCGGGCAGGCUCUCCAGUGUAAGCCAUCUGAAAUACUGCAAACCUGACCUGAGGGUCACGUCUGUGGUUACGGGUUUUAACAACUUGCUGGACAGAUUUAAAGACUUUCCGCUGUAUUUGAGAUGCUGCAAUUAUUCACUGCUUAUAGAUCAGCCGGAAAAGCCGGAAAAGUGUGCAAAGAAACCCUUCUUGUUGCUGGCGAUUAAAUCCCUCACUCCACACUUUGCCAGAAGGCAAGCCAUUCGGGAAUCCUGGGGCCGAGAAAGCAACGCGGGGAACCAAACGGUGGGGCGAGUCUUCCUGCUGGGCCAGACACCCCCAGAGGACAACCACCCCGACCUUUCAGAUAUGCUGAAAUUUGAGAGUGAGAAGCACCAAGACAUUCUUAUGUGGAACUACAGAGACACUUCCUUCAAACUUGUCCCCUCUUAUCUGAAAUCAUGUUUCUGGAAUUUUACCAUUUUAAGUUGUUUUUGUUUUACCCUCUUCUAUAAUAUUCCUACUUCCCAUAAUAAUGACCGAUUUAUCUGCAGUUCAGGUGUUUAUCAGCCUAUUGGCUACAAAGACUGUUAACAUGAUCCGGUGGUUUUUGUGAAUGGAAUUAAGUUUAUUUUUAUGGGAUUUGGAUAAAUUUUAAAUUGUCUAGAAAACUGACACUUUAAUUUUCAGUUGUGGAAUUCACUUUAAUUGUGGAAAUUUCCUGCUGCCCCAACAGUAUUUUCUUGUGUUAAUUAAUUUUGCAAAAUGAGAAUCAUUCUCUGACACUCAUCUAAUUUAUCUUGUUUUGAUCUUAUGGUCAUAAUAAGGAGAAAGAGGGUUUAAUUUUUCUUGUAUUUGGUUUGCUGAGUCAUAUCAUAAGCUAAUUUUAGUAUUUGAAAAUAAUUAGUAUGAUUCCUUAAUGAUCAACUGAAGAUUGAAUUGUCCGGAACAACCAUACCGUGUUUGUGAAUUUUCAAUUUGGACCAGGAAAGUGAAUGUAACUUUUGAACUUGAGUGAAAAGAUUGAAGUUGCAGACUUUUGCAUAGGUGGUUUGUCAGUUUAAAACUCCAGAAUUUAUUACUGCCAUAUUCUCACAUGUUGCUUAUGCAAGAUUAUUAUUCUGAGUAGUAACUGCUUCCUGUCAACGUACAAGUGCCUGUUUUUAUUUAUUGUUCAGAUCAAACACCAAACCAUUUUCUUAAAUAUAUUCUGUGUAAUAUUUUAUUUGUAUACAGUGUUGUUGAAAUAUUUAACUAGAGCAUGGUAUUUUAAAUGUUAAGAUGUAACAUGUUAAAUAAAGCUGUUAUUUUUGAAUUUUAAAAUUUGUUUUUUGGGGGUAAGAACUUCUAGAGUUGAUAAAAUUCUGCCCAACUAUUACUUAUAUGUACUAUCGUGUAACAUACUUUCUUGAAAUAUUUUUGUUCAUAGAGUUGAAGGUUUUUAUCAGAUGGGAUGCUGGGGACUAUAAACAAUGGAAAUAAAGCCACUGUAUUUAAAAAAAGAAA